AUGUUCAGAUCCCUCCUCUCCAGCGCCAAGUCCUUGGCUAUCGGCGACUCAGGCAACAAAGCCACCAAACCCGAGGAUCUCUUCCCCGUUGUGUCUAAAGAGGUUGACGGCGACGACUGCGACCAUGAUUGCGCGACCUGCACCAUUACGUACCCGCGCUCCUUCAAGAUCGACGAGGAGGAUAAGUUGUUUGGUCUGAUUAAAGGGUGGGCAACUCAUGUGCUGGUGGCUACGGGGAAGACGGACUGGGUGCGCGAUGUGGCGGAUGAGAAGGGGAGUGUGAUGCAGGCUAUUGCGGGGGCUAAGGCGCCUGCUAACGGGAAACUAAUGCUCUCGGCCUCCAACAUCCCCACCCCGCACCAUCCCCCUUCCUACUCGGAACCCACCACCCUCCUCCUCCUCCCGGCCUUCAUCCUAAUCGAAAACGUCACCCCAGCCACCGUCCCCUUAGUUUUGGAAAAAAUCAUCUCCCAAGCCCCGACCAACAGCACCCCUCUCGCCCCUUUCAGUCUUCCACGCUCGCUCGAGGCGCCCCUCCCCGAAGCUUCCCCCGCCUACAUCAAGGAACUCACCACCCGGCCCUGCCCGCACCAAGCCUUGAUCCUGCUAUGCUCGCAAAAGACGCGCGAUGCGCGAUGCGGACAGAGCGCGCCGCUGUUGAGAAAGGAGUUGCAGAGACAUUUGCAGCCCCUGGGGUUGUAUCGAGACUUGGACGACGAGCGGCCGGGUGGGGUGGGGAUUUAUUUUAUUAGUCAUGUGGGUGGACACAAGUACUCUGCGAAUAUGUUGGUGUAUAGGCGGCCGGAUGCUUUUGGGUUGGAUCAUGUGGAGAGAGCCAAAGCAGAAGGGGAUCAGGAACUUAGGCCGAAGAAGCCUGAGGAGUUGAGGAGGAAACAAAGGGGGGUUACUAAGGAAGGGGAGGAGGGUAAAGGGCAAGAGGAGGAAGAGGAAGAGAACGGUGAGGUGGGUGCGGCGCAAUGUAUCUGGUUGGCCAGAGUCAAGCCGGAGGAUUGUGAGGGUAUCGUCAAGUUUACCGUGUUGCAGGGCAAGGUGAUUAAACCGCAGAGUCAGCUUAGGGGAGGAUUUGAUAGGCAGAGGGGGGUGUUGAGUUGGUGA